AAGGGACAAGGAAAUGUGAUUAUAGAAAAAAUUAUAGCUACUACUCUACAUUUGUAUGAAAGGUUUUAUUAAGUCUACUAUAAAAUUUAAAAACAAUAAAAUUAAGAGAUUGAAAUGAGCCGAUCUACUAUUUAUGCACAUUUCGACACAGUAUUUUCGGAGAUGAUGAAAAAUAAUUUUACUUAAAUUAAUAUUUUCACCUAAUAACUCUUAUCAGAAGAAACUAAAAGAAAAAAAAGAGAUACUACUCAGCUUGUAUCAUAGAUCCAAUCAUUAAGAAGAUGUCAAUAUUGCUUCCUUGCUUCUCCAGAGUUUCUUUCUGUUUACAAGUCAGAUCUGACCAAUUAAAUGUGUGGGAAAGGUCGUGAAAACGCACGCUCUAGCUAGCAGUUUUAACCUAGCUCAGUCUCAUUGCUGCUCGAGGUCAUUAAAACGAUGCCUCCCAAUAGAAUCCCACUGGAGUUAACAUGAUUUUGUUCAGAAUGAAGCAAAUACACUGUAACAAUUAUAGUCAUGGCUAAGAGUUUAUGGCAUAACAACAUUCGAUAUUAUCUAAAAACCAUAUAUCGAAAAUACAGGAGUAAAGAUGAGGAAAAAUUAAGGUUAUGAAACUUUUCACAAAAGACAGUUGGGAAAUACUUCUCUAAGAGGUAAGGAAAAAGGUCUGAGAAAGGGAAAGCAUUGAGCAAACUGGGAAAAAAAGGGAGUAAGGGACAAGUAUAGACUCAGUGGGACUGCUGUGUUCACAUACAAAACUGUUAAAAAGCUUGCAGAUAAUUCUGUGUGGGGGGGGGGAGAAUCGUCCAAUAUAGCCAUAGUUCCAGAAUAAAAAGAAUAAAAAUUUCAAGAUUGAUUUUUUUUAUAGUGAGGGAAAACUCUGUAGUCUUCAAGGAAGGUGUGAAAAUAUUUGAAACACCGGAGAAAUGAAAGCAAGGAGAAUCUGAACUGCUUCCUUCCAGCCGGUAUCCUGGAAGAGCCCGAUGGGGCCUCACCUCAGGAUCCAAUAAGAAUCAGUAAAUCUAUAAUUUCCCAUCCUAAAUCACAACCUAAUUUUGAUGUUAUGAGCUGCCACGAUUCUUUCUACUUCGUUGUUACUAACAGCAUACACCAGUUGGGCACACAAGAAAGGCCCACGUAGAGCUCCCCUCCCGCCACUCGAAUUAAAAGGCUGACAAGGUGGACCUGGUCAUUAAAUGCCCACGCCCGGGGUCUCGGUGACGGCAGCAGAAGGGGGACCUCUGCCCAACCUAGGGCCACCCUCGCGGGCUCCCCGGGGCUCACCCAGCAGCCGCCGAGCACGGAAGCGGGCUCCGAAGGCCUCCGGCCCGGCACGACAAAGAGAGGAGGGAGCAUAUGCAACCGGAGACAGCCCCCCGAACCCAGCCUCCAGCAACGAGUCCCAGCUGUCCGGCGCCUGCGCCCAGGAGCACUUCUCGCGCCGACCGUUUGUAUUUGGAAGGAUGAGUUCAAGCCCGCCACGCACCGCGGUAAAACCUUCAAAGCUGAGGGAUCCGCAGUGCUCCACGAUUCCUCGCUGCAGAUUCCACACCGCGUUCGUUAAGAUCCUUGAGGAAAGCGGCUCUUCUGAGAGCCUCUUCAAUGGCCAGUCCAAUAUUAACUUGCAGAUUCUAAGUUUGCAUAAUUUUGAUGGUCAGAAUGGCUCGGGCUGGGAAGUGAGAAGCAAAGAAUCUAUGGCGAAUCGUAAACAACGGAAAUAGAAAAUGCUUCUUCGUUAAGACUCAGAGCCCCAACGUCACUUCCGGCAACAAUAGGAAACGUCAAAACACGGACAGUCGGCAGUUCUGGCCAUUGCAGCUUGAGGUUCUCUUGAGUUCAGAAGGGUGUAGUGCUGUUUCUGGUCUUUUCACCACCCUCACCUCCACCGGCGAGGACAAGUGAACUUUGAACCGGCUUCUCCAUGGCCUAAGCGCCACUUCCCGGCUGAGCCAUUUUCUUUUUGGCUGAAAGCCCCUACCCAGAGGCAGAUUCGUCGCGGCGGCGGUGGGGAUCGCAGGUCGCUCAGGCUUGCAGAUGGGUCAGGGGCUGUGGAGAGUGGCCAGAAACCAGCAGCUACAACAGGAAAGUUAUAGUGAGCAAGGCUACCUCACCAGAGAGCAGAGCAGGAGAAUGGCUGCAAGCAACAUUUCUAACACAAAUCAUCGUAAACAAGUCCAAGGAGGCAUUGACAUAUAUCAUCUUCUGAAGGCAAGAAAAUCUAAAGAACAGGAAGGAUUCAUUAAUUUGGAAAUGUUGCCUCCUGAGCUAAGCUUUACUAUCUUGUCCUACCUUAAUGCAACUGACCUCUGCUUGGCUUCAUGUGUUUGGCAGGACCUUGCUAAUGAUGAACUUCUCUGGCAAGGGUUGUGCAAAUCCACUUGGGGUCACUGUUCCAUAUACAAUAAGAACCCACCUUUAGGAUUCUCUUUUAGAAAAUUGUAUAUGCAGCUGGAUGAAGGCAGCCUCACCUUUAAUGCCAACCCAGAUGAGGGAGUGAACUACUUUAUGUCCAAGGGUAUCCUAGAUGAUUCACCAAAGGAAAUAGCAAAGUUUAUCUUCUGUACAAGAACACUAAAUUGGAAAAAACUGAGAAUCUAUCUUGAUGAAAGGAGAGAUGUCUUGGAUGACCUUGUAACACUGCAUAAUUUUAGAAAUCAGUUCUUGCCAAAUGCACUGAGAGAAUUUUUUCGUCAUAUCCAUGCCCCUGAAGAGCGUGGGGAGUAUCUUGAAACUCUUAUAACUAAGUUCUCACAUAGAUUCUGUGCUUGUAACCCUGAUUUAAUGCGAGAACUUGGCCUUAGUCCUGAUGCUGUUUAUGUACUGUGCUACUCUUUGAUUCUACUUUCCAUUGACCUCAGUAGCCCUCAUGUGAAGAAUAAAAUGUCAAAAAGAGAAUUUAUUCGAAAUACCCGUCGCGCUGCUCAAAACAUUAGUGAAGAUUUUGUAGGGCACCUUUAUGACAACAUCUACCUUAUUGGCCAUGUGGCUGCAUAAAAGCACAAUUGCUAAGACUUCAACUUUUGACUUUAGACUAAUGCUGACCAAGGACUUAUUUAUCAAAUAUGAAGGUUACAUCAGUGCUGGUCAUUCUAGACUGUGUAUACAAUCAAGCUUGAGUGUACAACACAUUUUUCUUUUGCUAUUUUCUUUUUUAGUAAUUUUCUUGGGGAACUAAAUAAUUUUGCAGAAUUUUUCCUUAUUUUGCCUAUCAUGUUUUGCACAAAGCAGAGCCACUGUCUGACACAACUGUUAAGGAAUGUUAAACUGAAUUAUACUCUAAAAGGUGGUGUAUUUGUGCAUUAGAUUUGCCUGAAAAACUUUACCCAUUUUCAUUCUUUUUAAAAAUACCAUGUAAUGUGUACAUAUUUAACUAAAGAGAUUUAUACUCAUAAUUAUUUUAUUGUAAUGGUUCUAACUAAAGUUUUUCCUUUUCUCUCAAACUGAGUUCUGAAAUUUAUUUGAUUCUGAUCUGAGAUUAUUAUCUUCAUAAAAGUUGGAUCUGACUUCAGAUAGAAACCAAGAGUCUUGAUUUGUUAUAUUACUAUGCAAAACCAUCACUUAUUUUAUAAUAUAAAUAUAUCACUUGAUUUUUCAUUUUUAAAACUUCUGGGUUAGGUAAGUCUCAAGUCCAAUAAACCAUUUAGGAUUUUUUUAAAAGGUCAAAAUUUAAGAUUUACACUCAUAAGAACAAAAUAAAAUAUUAUUGUCACUCUGAUAAAUUUUUGCUUCCUUAUAUCUGAUGGGAUUAGUCAAACUUUACCAUUUUCCUAACCUUGAUGAGCUCUGUUCAUAAUCCACUGAGAAGGGGAUAUUGUGAAUGAUAGUAACACUCUUUAUUUAUUCAGAUAGUAAAUAUUUGUCAAGGGCCUUCCAUGCACUAAGCACUGUGCUAGGUACCGGACGUGGACUCUUGCCUUCACAGAUGAUACAUGCCUGGGUAAUGAAAGGAAAAAUACUACUUAAUGGAAAGCAAAUAUAUGAAGUAUAUCUUAAUUGACAAUUACUAAUUAAAAUAUACAGCAUUGGAAUGAUAGAGAACCAUGUAUUUAUACGAUGAGUUAAAAGUUUACCUCUAGGUAAAAGCAUAAGCUUUGGAAGAUGACAGUAUGUGAUGGGUAGAGCAGCUAUUAAUAGUUUAGGGGAAGGUCACUGGGGGGAGUAGAAACUCCUCACUAGAGGUGUGGAAUCCUGGCUUCCUUCCAGAUCUCACCCUAAGUCAACAGUGGUUGUUAAUAUUACAACUGGAAUGAUGUGCUACAGAUUUUUUCUAGGGCAAGGCAUAAAAUAAUCAAACAAUUUUUCAAUGUCAAGGAGACUUUUAGACUGAUACUAAAUAACUUCUAAGAUUCUGAAGCAAAUAUCUAAAUAAUUUUUAUGUGUGUAAUUUCAAAUGCCAUGACAAAAUAAUUCUUUCUAAUUUUUAGCUUUAAAACUAAUUUAUUAAAUUUUACAAGAUAAAGGGUGGUGAUAACGUAUUUACUAUUGAUACUAUUUUCCAGCAAUUGGCACCUUGCCUUCUCUGUCUACCUCCUUCAGUCUUUUCUUUGUUUUUUUCCAGACCUCUCUCUCUUACCAUCACUUUCUCUCUGCCUCUCUGUCUUAGCUUGUCUAUCUCUUUUCCUUUUUUUUUUUUGCAUCCUUGAUUUUCAAAAUACUUUUCCUUUUUACUGUUUUAUUUUUCCCCUUGACCUGAUAAUAACUGUAGAUUGGCAACAUUCUUUUUUCUAACAUUUUCUUAUGGAAAUUUUCAAACAUAUAGAAAAGCUGAAAUAUUUUAUAGAAAAUGUCUGUAUACUCACUACCUAGGUUCUGCAAUUACAAUUUUUUACUGUAUUUUACUGUAUUUUUAAAUAUCACAUAUUUAUUGAUCCCUUUAUCAAUCAACCUAUCUUAUUAUUUUGCUACAAGUCAAGAUAAGUUCCAGACAUUAGUAUACUUCCUUAAGUAAGUAUACUAGUUACUAGUAAGUUACUAGUAAGUUACAUUAGUAUACUUCCUUAAGUAAGUAUACUAGUUACUAGUAAGUUACAUUAGUAUACUUCCUUAAGUAAGUAAAGACUUAAGCUUUCAUAUUAAUUAGAGAUCAGGGGUUUUUUUUAGGGUUUUUUUUUCUUUAAGGUAAAAUUUACAUUCAGUGAAACUCAUAAAUCUUAUGUCUACUAAUCAGUGAGUCUUCACAAGUGCAUAUACCUGUGCAGACCAAACCCAUAUCAAAGUUUACAACUGUACACAGCCUAUUUACAGUUAAUGUUGUACCACUUCUCAUAAAACAUAGAAACCUUAUAACCAUAUAGGCCCCUUUACCCUACCCACCAUCUGUUAUCUUAUAGCUAUUAUAUAUAUUGCAUAUGACAUCAGUUAUAAACUCUAUAAUAUUUUUCUUUGAACAGGAAAAUAAAUUAAGAAAAAAUAUUUUAUAUUCACCCAGAUUAUCAUUCUGAGGCUCAUAUUCCUGAAAAUCCAAGUUUCCUUAUAGUAUCAUCUCUUUCAAACUGCAAGACUUUUUGUUUAGCAUCUAUAGGUCAGGUCUGCUGGAAAUCAUCAUAGUUUUAUCUGAAAAUGUUUUUGUUUUGUUUUCCUUUCGAAGAAAUAUUUUUUCUGAAUAUAUAAUUCUGGGUUAACAUUUCCCCCCCUUUGGGAAUUCUCAGCACAGCAUUUAAAGAUGCUGUCUCCUUACCUCCAUUGUUUCCAGUGAGAAGCCAGUAGAGUCCAAAUUGUUUUUCCUUUGUAUAAUGUCACUUUCCUCUGAGUGCUUUUUUUCCAUCAGAUAUUUUUUUCAGCUUCAUUUUCUCUUUCCUUUUGGGACUGCAUUUAUACAUAUGCUAGACAUUUUGGUAUUGUCUCACAGGUUUUUGAGGCUCUAUAGAUUUUUUUAAAUCGUUUUCUCUGUUUUUUCUUUAAUUGGAUUUUUUUCUCUUGAUCUGUGUUCCAAUUCACUGACUCUUCUGUAAUAAUUCUCUUAAGCCAAUUCAGUGAACUUUUUCCUUUCAAUUACUGUGUUUUUUAAUUGUAGAAAUUCCAUUUACUUUUUAUCAUUUAUAUUCCUGUGCUGAAAAUUCAUAUCUUUUCAUCCAUUACAAGCACAUAUUUCCUUAUGUCCUUGAGGAUAGUUAUAAUAGCUGCUUUAAAAUACUUGUCUGUUCAUUUCAGUAUUCUAGAUCAUCUCAAUGUCAGUCUUUUGAGAGUUGGUUUUCCUGUUUCUUCAUAUGUUGAGUAAUUAAGAUUGUGUCCUUAACAUGGCAAAUAAAAUGAUGUGGAAACCCUGAGUUCUGA